UGACGUCAGCACUUCCACAACAACAAGAAGCAGCAGGAAAAACAAGGAAGUGAAACACUGCGAGCCGUAAGCUGUUUUUGUUAUAACGACACCGUGACGAGACACCGACAGCCACCACAGUCAGAAUCUGACAUUCGACAAACUGCAAACCUGACCGCAACAAUGAACAACAAAGGUUCUUAUCCUCAGCAGAGUGUGUACCCUCAGCAGAACACUGCACCAGUUUACCCUCCUGCUAUGCAAAUGUCUCCUCAGGCGCCCCCUUACACGGACACACCCCCCGCAUACUCUGAGAUCUACCAGCCCAGAUACGUGCUUCCCCCUCAGGUGACCGGCCAGAUGCCUCAGAUGUCGUCUCCGUAUGUCGGCACGCAGGUCUACAUGCCCAUGCAGCCCCAGAUGCCCGUGGGCCAUAUGGGACAGAACGUGCCGUUGGCUUACUAUCCCAUGGGGGCCGUGUACCCGCCGGGGUCCACAGUGAUGGUGGAGGGCGGCUUCGAUGCGGGCGCUCGCUUCACGGCCGGCAGCAGCGUGUCCAUCCCUCCCCCACCUCCUGGACACCCCCCCAACGCGGCCCAGCUGGCGGCCAUGCAGGGCGCCAACGUGGUCAUGACGCAGCGAAAGAGCAACUUCUUCCUGGGCGGCUCCGGCGGAGGUUACACCAUCUGGUAACGGCAGCUGGUCCCCGCACGCCUAAAACCCUGUACCCACCCCACCUCCUGUCAGUCACAUCCGUACCCCCCCCCCCCUCCCCCCCUCGUUAGGCUGCUUGGCCACAAUACUGACAUCACCUAAUGGAAUGUAAUGUUUUCAAGCCCUUGUGAAAGGUACAGUACUCCACUUGUGACCUCACGAUCAAAUGAUGAGCGCCAGCAUUUAACGCCGUAGAGUCCGUCCCGUAGCCAAGCCCGCCUCAUUGCUAUGCUUUUAUUUGAGGCCAUUCCGGUACAGUACUAGCGAUGUAUCUAGGGUUUUUUGUUUUUUUUUAUGGCGUGAGGGUAGAUUACCAGUUAGGAGACAAAAAAGCCACCAAGCAGUCAAAUAUCCUGUAGGUUAACCAUUUAACUCCAAAAAAGGGGGUCCCUUAUCAAGUCUAGAGCAGGGGUGUCCAGACUUUUUCCAGCGAGGGCCAUAUACAUAAAAAUUGAAGGAUGCAGGGGGACACUUUGAUACAUUUUGUAAGUAAAGAUGCCCAAAUACAUCCAAUCAAGCAAUCUGAAUAAAACAUCUUUUAAAAAUGCCAAUAAAAAAUUAGCUACAAACUGAAAAAUCGCACUUUGGGCACCCCUGGCCUAGCAAUGUCUAUCUAUAGAACACUAGAACCACAUUACUGUAGAUAAUUUAGCUUCUUAAUGGUCAAAGUGAAGCGCAUUACAGAGGUUGGAGGGAAAAAAAAAUCCCCACUUGUUUUUUUUUUUUUUUUUUUUUAAGUGUAGUUCAACUUAUAGAUGUGUAGUAGUUCCAUGUAAGUACUAGUAUGACGAUCACAAGAAAUCCUCAAGAAAAAAAAACAAUGCAUCUUGGAUGCUUUUAGCUAGAUUGAACUUGUCUUUUGCACAGUGUCUUUAAAAAAAAUACAAUUUAAAUUUGGAGGAAAAAAGAUAGAAUUAGAAACUUGAAUGCACUUGCAGCCAAAGUGGUUUACUGUACCUUGUUGGGCAACUUGUAGUUUUAACAUAUAGUCAAGUGCCAAAGAGCACAUUUAAUGAAAACAAACUUUAAAAAAAAAAGUUAAGACGUUUAGUAAAUCCAAAUAUUGAGCGGAGUGGAAAGGGCUGGUUGGUGUAACAUUUUUUACAGCUUUGUGUUUUCUUUCUGUUCUGCUGUCGGAUACCCAGAGUUUAUACACUACAUUUUAUUUGCUGUAUCACAUGAUUAUAUAUUUACCUGAGGAAAUUGGCCCCUUUUCUGUUCAUUUUUGCAAAGGUUCCCUGGUUUCUUUCCCGCUUUUAUUCGUCAACUCCAGCGAGGCUCUCGGAUUUGAUCCUACAACCACCGGUUGAACCAAAGAUAAGACGCACUUGUGUUUGGUUGUGAUGCUUUGCAAUUAGAAAAGCAAACAUAUCAAUUAGUAUACAGAUUGUCUGCAAUUGUUUUUGCACAUUUUGUACUAAUUUAAUUAAAAGCUGAGAUGCACUGCUAAGCUAACGUGACAAACCAUGUUUUUUGUAAUGAUGAUGGUGAUGUUUUCUACUAGAAAAGAAAGCUGUGAAAUAGUUUGCUGUGUGUGCGCUGAUUUGACAACGUUCAGAUGACAACGACUGACGUUUGUGAACGUUUACUGAUAAAACUAAAAAUGUUAACCUAAGUCUUUUCAAUCAUACAUACCCCUAAACACGAUAAGAUCACAGAAAGUUAUGACAACAAUGUUGUUGAGCGGGAACGUCAAAUCCCGUAAGUAAGGAUCACCAAGCUAUCCGCUCUCUGAUUGGGUUCUUUGGGUCACGUGACUGUCGUUAACCAAUAAACACGCUGCAUCUGUGCCCUUUUAAAAAGGCUACAUCAACGGUGGCGAAAACUAACAAUGUAAUAACUUAUUGAACCACACUUUUAUUUUUUUUAGCAAGACCAAGUAAAGUUAAGGGCAAAGAUUAUUUGCUUUUGUACCAUACACCUUAAAAAAUAUUGGGUUAUGGACCAAUCAAUUUAAUCAACACGGUAAAAUCCCGAAAGUAGUGUCACCUAGCUACCGACAGUCCAUACGAUAAUUGGUUCAAACGGAGCACGUGACAUGAUUUACCCAACCAGCGCGCUGCACCGGCGUUCCUUUAAAAACCUGCAGAGCCGUCGCGAAAGAAGGUCAAAAGAUAUCGAUCGAUGUCGAACUAUUUUGUAAUGUGACACAAAAUUGAUUUUGUAGCAUAUUUGUCACAAAACAUUAAGGUUAAAAGACCGAACAUUUGUUUGGGCCACUCACCUACAUAAAGCCAAAAUCCCGAAAGCAGGUAGUGGUUUUCUUCCGUCCCGGAUUUGUCCAAACUAAACACGUGACUUGGUUUAGCCAAUCACUACGCUUCGUUAGUGUGUGGAUUGCUGUAUUGAGGGUUGUAUAGGAGUAUACAAACAGCAACAGCACUUUCAGUCCAACAUAUUCGACAAAUGUUGUCAUUUUCACUUUUUUUGUGCAGGUUAAUUAAAAACUAAUACGAUUCGAACUCAAUAUGGUUAAAACAAAUUAAUAAAGUCAGCAUUUCUGUUUUUUCUCAACACAGUGAAUGAAAUCUAGAAAUUCUGCGACAUGUUUUAAUUAAUUUCCUUAUUUAUUGAUGUGAACAUGGGGGUCCAGUUGCAUCAUGUCAGCAUUAUGUCUUUUUUU